AGAGAAAAAAUAAAGAAAAAAAAGGAAGAAAGGAGGGAAAAGGCGGGUAGUGGGGUAAGGCUGCGAAUUAAGGGUUAGCGAGGAGAGCAGCGUGUGCGCGUAGGGGUUGAAUAGAGAGAGAGAGAGAGAGAGGAAUAAUCGAGCAACCCCCUCCACCGUUUCAUCCCUCCCCGAUCUCACACGAACGUGCGAGCUUCGGGAUUCGAGGCGGUGUGGAAACUCGAACAGACAGCCAGUCGCUCGCCGUUCGUUCAACAACGUGGCUCGAAAGUGCGAUCCAGAGAAGCGAGGAAGGGGAGGACGACGACGACGACGACGAAAACGACGAAAACGACGAAAACGACGAAAACGACGAAGACGACGACUACGACGACUACGAUGUCGCCCCUCGCCCUUCUUCUUCGAUCAUGGCCAACGUGGUCCACCGUGGUGUUGUACGGAUACCGUAACUGUAACAUCAACAACAGGGUGUUGUAGAAGGUGACAACACGAGGUGAAUAUCGAUCGGCGAUCGUGUGCCCUGUGCGUGUCCGACGAAUCCACAGGUAUCUCCUCCGCUCUUGAUCGCGAUCUCUCUAUCAACACGAUCCGUACACGCCCGUCGAUCGUCUUCAAUCGGCUGGACCUCCGUCGAACCCGCGACAAUCGAAUCGAUACCCAUUCCUCGACAACAGUGAGUGGAUAAUAAUCGAGAGCGCGUUCGCGAAAGAUCGAUCGAUUUUUUCUUUUCCAGCGAUUGACUGCUCCCCCCCAACUCCCCUCGGUGGGAGGAGCGAGGAGUAACGAGAUGAUAAUAGCCAGUGCAAAGUGUGAAGUGUCGAGUAAAGGGGGGGGAGAAGGCGAGGGAGGAAGGAUGCACGGUAAUCGCGAUCGAUUGUGCCCGGUCGAACGGAAGGCAUGGCGAGUGUACGCGGAUCCCGUUCCAUCCGAGGAUUUCCGAUAUUCGGCGUUAGAGGGUUAGUAAUCCUCUCUUGGUGCGGAUAUAUUUAACUCGGUGGAUGGUCGGGGCCGGGAGAGUGGAGAGAUUUGGGUGACUGGGUGCCGCCCGAUCCCGGGUUCAACGUUUCGAAUCAAUCGCCAAGGAGGGAGGAUCGUUGCGAGGUACGAAGGAAGGAAGGAAGGGAGGAAGGAAGGAGGAAGGAAAAGCGCGGCCGAGCUGAUUUCGAGGGCCGCAAAUUUUUGGGAUGAAAAGGAUUUCUCCGCGACGAGACUUUCUGCUCUGCAACAAAGCAAAAGUGGAAAAGGAACGAGAGAGAGAGAGAGAGAAAGGGUUCUUAAAUCGAGCACAAAGGCGAGGUUUUUGAUCUCGUUGCAAAAUAUCGAGUCGAUCUAGUCGAUCUAGCUGAAGUGAAUGGCGAAGCUCAACGCGAUUACCGUGUAUUCUAUGGUUGGGUCACGGUGGCGAGGAUCAUCCCUUUGAUAUAUAUAUACAUAUAUAUAUGUGUGUGUGUAUAUGAAUACACGUAAGCGUACUCGAUACUCGUGGAUGUUGCGCAGAAUAUGGGGAAAGCACGAGGCGAAUUUGGCUCACGGAGCCAACAACGUGACACCACGGAGCAAAUUCUCCGACCAUUCUAAAUAAACGGAUUUACGUUUUAAAUCUUGGAAUCUCUCUCUCUCCACGGCUCGUUCCACAACACGUGUUCCCACGUGUUCCCUCCGCGAAUUCGUGUUGCCGCGUGUCGUCGAUCCUGCGUGGCCGGCGAAGGACGUUCCUCUACACGUUCUACGGAGAGGGAGGAGAGUGAAUCGAUCGAUCGAGGGAACGAUUAAAAAUUCAAAGAAGAUGGACAGUCACGGAUGAAGCGAUGGUUGCUAUGACGACCGUUGCCAAAGUGUCAUAGGUGUGAUCAAUGAGACGCUCGACGAGGGAUUUCAAUGAUACGCCGCCAAGCGUAUCGGGGUGGUCGUGGUGAUUGGUGAGAGGCCGGUCAGGACGCGGCACCUCGUUUCUCCUCGCGUGCGCGGAGGGAAAUGUUAUCUCUCGAGCAGGGAUAACCCACGCCACCACACAGCGCACAGUAAGAAUCCAAGGAGCGUUAAAAGUCAGCCGGGGUAACCAUGCUUGGCAAGAUCCAAGAGGAGCCAUCCCUUCGUUCCAAGAUCUCGUGAUCGAGAUCGACAGGUGUGGGAUAGAGUUCAGUUGAAAUGGGGACGAAGACGGGCGACCAGUCUCUGCUCGGCUCGAUCGCGAGGAGCCUGUCGUUGGAUCGGCGGGCGCGACGCGGAGCGGCCGAUCUCUCCCUCGCGGGGAACGCGACCAAGGUCAACACCGUCCACGAGGAGGAGAGCUCGUUGAACGACCUGUUCUCGGGACCCGAGGAGUCGAGCGGCGGUGUCGAGUUGGGCUGGUUCAACGACUCCGCCGCGGCGAUAACCUCCACCUCGCCCUCCUACCCCGGCGGUGGAUCCUCCUCUCCCUCCCCCUCCUCCCCCUCCUCCUUCUUCUCGUCCGUCUCGCCCACGUCUCUUGGAUCCGAGAAUUACACGGGGAUAUCGGACCUGUUCGUGUUCGACGAUCUGAACGAUUACAUCAAUCGAUUGAAUUACAGCGCAUUCGUUAAUCUGACGGCCUAUUACGACGGCGGGGCCAACCUGAAUCUGAAUGGAACCGUGAACUGCACCUCGUCCAUCGCGUCUUCCGGUGUGGUGAGUGCGGGUGAGUGCGGGCCGGCGGCGGACGUUGACGAAAAGACGGACGCCAACAGUUGGUGGGCCCUGAUCCUCGUCAUCGUCCCCUGUUUGACCUUGUUCGGCAACGUUUUGGUUAUACUUGCCGUGGUUCGGGAGAGGGCGUUGCAAACUGUCACCAAUUACUUCAUCGUGAGCCUGGCCGUAGCCGAUUUGCUCGUCGCCGUGCUCGUAAUGCCGUUCGCCGUCUACGUGUUGGUAAACGGGUCGUGGAGCUUGCCCGGCUUUGUCUGUGACUUUUACAUCGCAAUGGACGUCACGUGCAGCACCAGUUCCAUCUUCAAUCUCGUAGCAAUCUCGAUAGACAGAUACAUAGCAGUGACCCAGCCGAUAAAAUACGCCAAGCACAAGAACAAUAGAAGAGUGUGGUUGACGAUACUGUUGGUCUGGGCGAUAUCUGCCGCGAUCGGCAGCCCGAUUGUUCUCGGCUUGAAUAACACCCCCGACCGGACACCGGACCAAUGCCUCUUCUACAAUACAGACUUUAUCAUAUACUCGAGCCUAUCCAGCUUCUACAUACCUUGCAUCAUCAUGGUGUUUCUCUAUUACAACAUAUUCAAGGCGCUGCGAAACAGAGCGAGGAAAGCGAGGGCCAAUAGGAAGCCUAAUUUGGGCGACAUUAAGCCGGGCAGCAUAAUAGAGAACAUAGCGCACACUCGCAGUGGGUAUUCUGUGGCAAGGUUUGCGGAGACGGCGCUGGGGGCGGCGGCUCUCGUGGCUCCCGGCAUGGAAGAGCCGACCAACACCGCUUCCGGCAGCAACGAGGACGAGGACGAGACGCCCCUUGAUCCUGUUGUGGUCAUCUCCAACGACAAGAGCACCGAGUUCUUUCUGGCCACCGUCGUCGAGGAAGCAGCUGGCUCAAGCUCAGCUGGGCGGGGAACGGCAGAACGGCAGAAAGGAUUCGGGAUACGACGGUGCGGCGAGCACAGCGGUGAUACACGAGCCCGUGGUGGAAACGAAUUCGAGCCCGAGCCCGAACCCGCGGAUCGCGUCCGCCCCGUCGUCCUCCACCUCGUCCUCGCCGCCCGCCAAGGGCGCGGCCGCGGCCGGCCAAUCCUCGAAGAGGAACGGCGGCGAAACGAACAAGCAGGAAUUGAAGAGGUUGAAGAGCACCGUCUCCCUUCUCCCCCUCCCGCUCGCGCGUACGCCGAGCGUCAUGUCCGCCUCGUCCACCUGCAAGAAGGACAAGAAGAAUGCCGGUUCAGGAUCCCGUUUCACCAUAUACAAGGCGAACAAGGCGAGCAAGAAGAAACGGGAGAAAAGCUCGGCGAAGAAGGAGCGCAAGGCCACGAAAACGUUGGCCAUUGUUCUUGGUGUGUUUCUGAUCUGUUGGCUGCCGUUCUUCACGUGCAACAUCAUGGACGCUAUUUGCACGAAGCUGACUGCCGACUGUCAACCAGGCGUCACCGCAUUCAUAGUGACCUCUUGGCUAGGGUACAUGAACAGCUUCGUAAAUCCCGUGAUUUACACUGUGUUCAAUCCGGAAUUUCGCAAAGCCUUUCAUAAACUUGUCAGCUUCUAGGCGUAUCUCAAUUUCGUUUUAUCGAGUCACGUUUUAUCUCGAACAAGGAGGAACAGCAACGAGGCAAUUGGACAAUCGAAUAGCUCAACAUUUGUUCGGCUCAAGGUAUAUAUGUAUAUAUAUAUAUAUCUUUUCGUGCCCCUCGAGCCUUUUACAGAUGGACAAUACGGGAACGAGAUCGAGUUUUCUCCUGAUUGUAAUAAAUAAAACAAAAAUAGCGAAAUUAAAAAAAAAAAACAGAAGAGAAAGAUUAAACGCGACGCGGUGGAUCGAUCGUGUGCGAAAUUGAGCCGAAUCGAAGCUUUUUAUGAAGAAUAGAAUUACAUCCUCCAUGCACUUUUUACUUGUCCUUUUAUCGAAAGAUCAUCGUUAAUAUUCUCUCACAGGCACUUUAUCAUCGUCCACCUUCCUCGCCGCGAGAUCAUUUCGUUCGAUAUCGAUACCGGGGGGGGGGCGAUGUGCAUCGAUGUUAGAGCUGAAUUACCAAAUAAAUAUUUAAGCUAACGAUAAGUAUAGAUAUAUCGGAGGAUUAAAAAUGAAGAAGAAAAACGAAGUCACGGUGUGUGUUUUAAAGCGCGAUGUGUUGUUAAGUGCGUCGAACGCGUCGAGAAAUUUGCGUUUCCCUGCCAUUUCCAGCUACUCUGGCUUCGUAUAAAUAACACGGAUAAAGAACACGAGAGUUUAAGAAUAAAAGCAGCGAUAAACAUCGGGUUAAAGCGUAAAAUCGAUCGAAGGCGUGUUUGACGAGCAAAUGAUAUAUAUAUAGUAUAUAUAAAAUUACGUAUAUAUAUAUAUAUAUACCUUGUUGGAUAUUGAAUUAUACCGUGGCAGUAUUAUCGUAGCUCGUAAGGUAUAGAGAAAUUUUUUCGGCUCAAGAAGCGGAGGAACGGGAGAGCACCAGUUCCGCUGGCAUACUGUUACGCGUCACUGUACACCUGCGCGUCGCGCAGUCUAAUCCCCAACGCCUUUGUACUAUGUACGAUUUAUCCGGUUGAAGCACCGGAUCCACCCCCCCCGUAAUCGUUUCGCGAUUCGAGAUUCGUCGCUCCGUUUUUCGCCCUUCUGAAACGAGGAGACCGAGGAACAAGUUUUUCCCAACGAAACGAGACGAAAGUCUCGUCCUCGAGUCUCGGGCGCAAUUUUACCCCGAGUUUUAUAAAUCCGUGGAGGCAAAAUGGUUGCGCAUCACGAUAUCGUCGGGAACGUGUUUUUCGAAUUCUGGAAAAUUGAUUCACGCGAAAAGGGGGGAAAAGGAAUCGAGUCUGUCGAACGUGUCCAUGAUCGAAUCCACGAUGCCAUUUCCGAGGCUUCCUUCGAGCGGUGCGCUCCCCUCCCCCUGGUCCUAUUCUGACCCGAAUCCCUUAAGAAAUCGUUUAUUGUCAAUUUCUCUUAUCCACACUUAAUAUCGUCGAUAAGGCAGUCUAAUCUUAAUAUUUUUCUUUUUUUUUUUUUUUUAUUCAGAAGAAUAA